AUGCAGAAAAUUAUCCGCAGGACAGCCUUAGCGAGGAAUCAGGCUCAGCGAAAGGCAGUUCGAGCGGCCAAGGAUGCCGAGCGUGAAGAAUUCAAAGAUGCGUUGAGACAGCGCUUCGCCUUUAACCGCAUAGAACUCGACAAUAUCCGCGCCGAGAGAUUACGACGCCGUGAAGACUGGAUGCGAGGACCUCUCGCUCCAAAGCGUGAUGCGGGCCUUGAUGGAAAGACUUUUGGUUCUCUGAGCCCACAGGCGAUGAAUCCUCCGACCAUUCCCAAGCACUUGCGCAGAAAGUACAUCAACGUCGCUGCGGGAGACCGGGUGUGUAUCAUGAAGGGCAGAGACAAGGGCAAGAUCGGCGAGGUCAUUAAGGUGGAUCCAAACAAUGAGACUGUGAUGGUCAAGGACCUCAACAUGGCCGACGUGCAUUUCCCCGAGUGGUUGAACGAGCAGUACGGAAACAAGACCCCCUUCAACUCAGUAAACCUGCCAAUCUCGCUUGAUGAUGUCCGACUCGUGGUCGCUCUUGAUGACCCGGAGACGGGCAUCACGCGGGACGUCUUGGUUGAGCACGUUUAUGGAGGAGAGCCCAUACUCGAGAGAGAAUACGGCACAGACACGCCGAAACACACCAGAUAUAUUGCUGGCGAAAACAUAGAGAUUCCAUGGCCCCGCAGCGAACCCGCCACAAUGAAAGAUGAAGAAUGGGACACACUCCGUAUGGAAGUUGAGACGCCGACAUGGAUUCCUUCAUUGCACAACGCCCCGUUCCCUCCUAGCGUCCUCGACGAGCUCCGCAACCCAUUCUCCAAGUACCGGACGAGGCACGACCCUGAAUGGGUUGAAUCGAAGAAGAUGGAGGACCUCAGAAGGGAGUAUCUUCAAAGCAGGUCUUUGAUGACACCCAAGGGCGAACUCCUCGCCAUGUUGCGGGCUAAGAAGGCCGAGCGUAUGAGCGCCAGACGGGACGCCGACGGAAAUUUUAUCAUGGACGACCAGACGGCUGGUUUCAUUGAGAAUUUCAUGAAGCAGAAUGCGGCGAAGAAAGCUGGGUCUUCUGCCUAG